GACGCGAAGUCGCAUACAGUAAACACAACAAUACAUCAACAACCACCAAAGAGAACACUCAGCUCCUCGUUCGACCUUCAUUCUCAUUGUGAUACGACAUGUCGUCUCUCAGAAACUCUCUACCCAGGCGCGCUCACAAAGAGCGUUCUCAACCGUCUUCGAGGGAAAGAUUCGGGUUACUCGAAAAGCACAAAGAUUAUGUUCAACGUGCAAAAGCCUUUCACAAGAAGCAGGACACUUUACAGAAACUUAAGGAAAAAGCUGCAAAUAGAAACGAGGAUGAGUUUUAUUUUAAGAUGGUUAAAACAAAAACUGUUGAUGGAGUUCAUAGACAAGUGAGUGAAGAUAACAAGUAUACUCAAGAUGAAAUUAUGUUGAUGAAGACACAGGAUACUGACUAUAUUCUUCUUAAGCUUCAGAGUGAGAGAAAGAAAGUUGAAAAGCUAGCUGCAACGUUGCAUGGUAUUGAUAAUCAGCCAUCGAACAGUCAUGUUUUCUUUGCCGAGGACAGGGAAGAGGCUAAAAAGUUAAAGUUACAACACUCAAAAAGAGAAAUUCCACCCACUUCUGGCGAUAUUCCCGAUAACAUUAAAAGGAAAACAGAACGAUCUUACAAAGAGUUGGAAGCAAGGAAGAAUAGAGCCAGCCAGCUAGAGAAAAUCUACAUGGAUAUGGGAAUGCAGAAGGAGUUGCAGAAAAGUGGCAGGAAGCGCAAACUACGUGAAGAUGAAAUUGUCUGCCCAACCAAUAAACCAGUAUACAAGUGGCGUGCUGAAAGAAAGCGCUGAAAGAGUUAACAAAUGAGCUGCUUCGUUUUUUUCUUUUUGCAUUUUAUCAUUUUGCAUAAUGAUAAUUUACUUCUUUCUUUGGAGGAUAAAAACAUUUUGAUUUUUUUGGCUCUAAAUUUAUGUUGGUAAUUUGAUUUUGUCUCUGAUACAAUUUAUAUUAAAUCAAUGGUAAAUAUAAUCUUAUUUAUUCACUUUAAA